AUGGACCCCUCCGUGCAGCAGCCGUCAGACAGCCAAGCUGCCGGAGUACCGCAAGGCCUCACGCCGGAACUCGUCGCAUUUGCCAGCCAAAUGUACGACUCGGCUAGAAAGGGAGACAUCGCAGUGUUUGAACAAGCACUUCCAGCCGGCCUGCCUCCCAAUCUGACUAACGAAAAGGGAGACACUUUGCUCAUGCUCGCCGCAUAUCACGGACACGCAGAUCUCGUCAGGCUGCUGAUACAGCACGGCGCCGACUCGAAUCGGCUCAACGAUAGAGGGCAGAGUCCUCUUGCUGGGGCCGUGUUUAAGAAGGAGGAUGCCGUUAUUGAGGCCCUUUUAGAAGGCGGUGCAGACCCCGAGUACGGCAGCCCGACGGCCAUGGAGUGCGUCUCCAUGUUUAAGCAGGAAGACGCUUGGAAGGCCAAGUUUGAAGCUGCACCCGGGAGAGGAAAGGCACAACCGCCGCGUCCACAGUAA